GGUACCGGUACCUGCAACUGCCUCCCCCUAGCGGGUAACAGUGUUGACGAGACCUGCUAGGUGAGACGGUGCUCCUGGGCCAGUACAGCGGUCAGCUUGAAUCAACUGUGCUCCUUUGCGUCUGUUUCUAAAUCCAGUCACCACGAACAGGGUCACGAGUUUACGCCAGCCCUGCUUCACUCAACAACGGAAUGCAGACGUGGGUGUUUCAUUCAGCAGCAGGUGUAUGGGACACUGGGACGUUCUGCCCGACUGCCAUGUUUCACAGCCUUCCAGCAGCUUGGGUUGCCUAAUUAUGGAGAACUACUACACGCCUCCAUCAUUACCCACACGAGGGUAAUUAUCUUACUCAGAUGAUGGAUUCUUGGAGAAGGGAGUUGCGAGGAGUCCAAUCUGGACCUGAAUGGGAAGUUGGAGGCAGAGGAGGGCCCAGGGAGGAGCUGGAUCUCACAAAGAUGGACACCCUGAUUAUGCAAGUGUCUAAAAUGAGCCGCUCUGUUGCUGAAGUCAGAGAGAGUUGUCUAUGUCUAGAAGAAUCUAUUUCCAUGGAAGAGCAAGAGCAAACAAUAUUUGAAUCAGAGCUGAAAUCUUCAACUAUCAAUCCUUCAAGGGGGCAUCAGCAUUCUGUCACUGAGACAAACCUCCAGACCAGCGCUCAACUGAUAAGAGCCCACAUAGAAGAAAGUGAUAAAGAAAAUGAAAUGCUUGAGGAAGAAUUGCGCAUCCUCAUCAAGAGGCUGAUGAACAUGAAAGAAAGCAAAAGAAUAAAGCUGAGGGAGAUGAAGGAUCAAUAUGGAAAUCAGCUUGUAGAUAAAGAAGAAGUUGAGCAGGAAAAGAGAGUUGUGGGGCUUAAACAUAAGAAGAAUGUCUUAGCAACCAGCAUACUGAGCUUGAAAUGGGAAAAGCAGAGGAAAGCACAAGAAGAGUGGCACAAUUUUGAAGAGGUAGUGAUUAAUAUGGCUACACUUCAACACAUGGUUAGAAACAAGUGCAAGACUCUUCAACAGUACAAAGACUCAGUACAAAUGCUGCAAACUGAAGUCCAUUCAAAGAAGCAGGUUGAAUCUCCUGCCAUUAUUUGGAGAAAACAUGAGGAUAGUAAGCGAGCUGAUACACACAACCUUUCCUUUGUAUCUCAUGUAGCACAGCAUGAUCUCACUCUCCCUAAGGCAUCCUCCACCACCUUUGUUCCAACUGUGCAAGGACAAGAUCACACACAGGCCAGAUACAGCUUCACCACUUCUCUUUCUCUGCUCAAACUACCGUCUACAAAGUUUGGGCACAUGAAAACAAAUAACUGUCCUUGGAACAUUCAGAAGAAUAAUGAAAUGACAUUGGAUUCCUCUGUUUCUGAAGAUUAUCUGCAAAAGCUCAACCCUGUCAGCUGUAGUCAAGCCCAACCUCUAGAGACUUCUCCCCAUUGUUUCUUUAAAAAUCAUUCCCAAAUCACUGCAAACAGUGAGCCAAAUUCUUCACCAUUACUUUAUCAACACAGUUCAAAUCAAAAUAAACAUCAGAGAUGUAAUCAAGCCCCAGGACCCAAAACUGUCAGCCCUUCCCAAGGAAGUACUACAAGUUCAAUAGAUUCAAUUUCAUUUUCCCCUAAGAAUUUCUCCCCAGCUCAUACCCAGACAUUUGAUGCCCCCUCUUUAAAAGACAUGGGUUGUUCUACAUUCAUGUCUCAAGCUACAAGGGGACAAACAUCCUCACAUGAAAUUUCAAGCAUUUCUCCACAAGCUUAUAAAGGUUUAGAAAUGGCUCCACAGAAAUCAAAAAGUGUCAGAUCCCCUUUGGGAAAGCCCAAAAGUGCAGAAAUGACCAUAUCUAGAGGUUUUCAGUCACCUCACAUAAGUAACCAUUCAUCAAAGUUCAGAGGUGCUGGAAAUCCAUGUUUACUGUCAAGGAACUCACAUGUUCCUCCUUUAUCAAAAGGUAUUGGAAAAUCUCCUUCCAGGCAUUUAUCAAUUUAUUCGCAAGUGCCAUAUCAAAAACACUGCAAGAAGUACAACAACCCUGCUCUAGUCAGCACUGAGGUCUCUGGAUUUUCUCUUCCUGCUGAGCAUGUGACAUACAAAGAAAAAUCACAAGAAUUUCUAGCUUCCACUGACUGUCCUGAAGAAAAGUCUGCAGCAUCAUUUGGAAACAAUGAAAAUGGACCUUCUAGUAAUACUGUGCCAUCAGCUCCAAAUGAAACAGCCUCCAGCAUCUUGCCAAUUCCCAUUGAGGUGGAUAAUCAUGAAUCCCUUAAGGUCACCAGUCCUGUACCCAGUACAUGCAGUACUUUGUUAAUGGAGCCUUCAAAUACUGAGGGCACAUCACAAUUUUCUGAGGGCUCACAGCAAAGCAUCAACACCACUCUUUCUAUAGCUGAAAAGAGUACGGACUGCAGUCCAGUGGCAUCAUUUACUCCUCCUGUGACCAUUUCAAUAUCCAGUUCCUCCUACUCAUCACAUUCCAUAAGUAAGAAACAAAAGAAGUCAGAGGCUCCAGGUAUGAAGUUUCUGCAGUACAAACAGAUUCCAUCAACCCCAAAUUCAAAUCUACAUCAAAGUUCACAAGGAUUCCACAGCAGCACUCCUGCUCCAAGCAGUAGUUUUCCCUUCAUAUUCCAAGAUGGAUUACAAGCUAACAGUGAAGGAAACUUACGGUUCAACCUCUUUGAAUCAUCAUUAGCAGAGUCGUCACUUCAGGAAUCCUCCAGGAAUUCAGGAAGCAACAUUUUUGCAUUGGAUGACUUUGCUAACUCAAGGACAGAUAGCACCUCGACUGGCCUGUUUAACUUAAACUUAGGAAGUGAUGGAGAGUCAACAGAACAUAGUGACUCAAGCUUUUUUUCAUCACUCUUUGAUAGUUCAUCCGACACCAAUAGUAAUUCCAAUGAAACAUCUAGUUUUCAUCUUUUCUAAGUAAAAAUAUUCACAAUAUUACUCAUAGCUUCAACCUGCAAUGAGCCCUAUUUCCUUUGGUUGAAUUUUGCAGAACCUAGAAGAAAAUCAUAUUUCUUAUGACUGAUAUAUAUCUCAUACUAAAUAGACUGCAUGAUAUACAAACCCAAUUUUCAAUUAAAUAAGUCUGGACCAAAAGCUGCUUGAUGAAUCAUUUCCUAAACAUAGAACAAGCCUUAAAGGAAGCACUAUGCAUGUUUUAUCAUAUAUGUUCAGCUCAUAAUUUGUACUGUGAAAUAUGUAACACAUUUUUGAGGAAGAUAAUUUUCAGAUAUUGCUUAACUGAACGGUUUGUUUUAGGAUAUUAGAGCAACAUGCCUUAAGAUACAAAGCACAGUAUCACCUUACAAAGAUGCAGUGUUUUAUUCUGAUCUGCUAGUCAUCUGCCUGCCCUGUGUGAAACUACAUUUGUUGCAUUUUAGCAAUAAUGUAAUUCUAAAAAUAUAGAAAAAAAAUCAAUAAGAAACCAUUGCAGCACCUAAAUUCCCAUUGGU